AUGGGAGUUCCCUUGCUGUGGCCUCACAUACGGCAGGAGGGUCAUGAGGCAACUCUGCUUUGGCAGUUUCCUCAAGGCCCUUUACCCCCUGAUGCCCUUUAUCGUGUCGACCUCCUUGCCUCCUUCUUUCCUUCCAUCCGACGAAUUUUCUCUUCCAGCACUCACGACUACCUUACCUCCAACGUCAUCUUCGAGCGACAUCUGGUCUCCAGUCGUAUCCCCAAGGCAUCCUCGGUGCUUUAUAUUGACGGUCCAUCCCCUGAGGAGAAGCGAGAGACACGGCAACUCAGGGAGGAGAAGCGCAUUAUUGCAUUGCAAAAAGCCCACAUCUGGCUCUGCAACAUGGAGACCCGAGUUGGUGGUCGGAGGAGGGUCAGGAAACGUGACUUCACCAAACUCGACAAGCUCAUCAGAGCCGCCUUUUAUUGGACUCCGGAUGCCCGCGCCUCCUUGGCCAUUUACCUUCGCGUGCAAGGAUGGACGGUUGUCGAGUGUCCUUCUGAGGCAGACAUUGCAAUCGCUAUCGACUCUCAACCCCAGGAUAUUGUAGUAUCGGGAGACAGCGAUAUGCUCAUCUAUGCCACCGUUCAUACCAUAUGGAGACCUAUUUCGCGAGGCAAAUACCUGGUGUACGAUCUUCCAAAUGUGCUGAGUUAUCUGGGCAUCUCAAGACUGGCAUUGACGGUUCUAGGCAUCGUUUGCAAGAACGACUACACGUCCAACUUGACUCGAAUGGGGUUAUCGACCAACAUCAAGAUUCUCAAAUCCCUAGAGGAGAUGAAAGAUCCAGCAGCUGGAGUAGAGCCAGUCACCGAAGCAAAUGUCGAGACAAUGGUCAAGCGGUACUUGGCUCAUCCGGAAGUAGUCAGGAGGAACCCUGCCGCGACUCACUUCGAGGCAGCGGUGAGGGUUUUUGCUGGCCGGCAGUUCAAGGUCGCGGUUGCUACAACACCAUCACAGCCAUCUGACCAUACAAGCUCAACCAACUGCUCGACCCAAAAGUCUUCCGAUCUAGCAGCUCUCGUUGCCGAUCAACUGGUGCAACAGACGGAUGUAUUUAACCGGUACGCCACCGUGGACCGUCCGCCAGAUCAGCGGCCUCCUCCUCAUUCAUCAGGGAGAAGAUACAAGCACCGCCAACGAUAUGCUAUCAAGACCCGCUCUCAGGUUGUGAAGCAUGAGCCACCAGAAGCCAUGAAACAGAACCAAUGGAAACCAUACAAGUCGGCCCCUGAUUCUCCGUUGGAACCGCAGUCAGCCGUCUCUUCAUCGAAACCCAAGUCACCGAAACGUCUGCCGUCUGCGGAGGGUAUGGACAAGAAGGAUCUGGUUAAUGCCAUGGCAAGGGACCACCCCAUGCGAACACUUGACAUUGGCACCGUCAAUGCCAACGCAACCAGAGGCCUGAACAGGGAAUUUGGUCCAGAAGGCUCGUCUGUUUAUCUUCCGAGGGUCAAGAUCGCCCUUCGAGAUAUUGCCCAUCAGUCGUCUCAUGUCAAGCGGGUUUGCCAGAGGGCUAUUGGCUUGUAUCUGGAGCGCCUUGCACUCUCCAUAAACGAGUCAGUGGUGCCAGCGGUGCCAGCGGUGCCAGUGGUGCCAGCGUUGCCAAUGGUCAUGGAUGUGGUGGGGACCAUCGAGUCCGUCCAGCCCCUUCAACAGCAACCCCUUCAACAGCAACCCCUUCAACAGCAGCCCCUUCAGAAGCAGGCGAGUAAGCUUCAUGCUGAAGAUCGCUUAAUUCUCGAUAAGCUAUGCCCAAAGUUCACCGCCAAGGACAUUGCUGACGGCAGAAACAUCAACGACGGCACAACAGAGGAUCUCACCAAGCCCGAUGAUUCAGAGCACGAUGAAACAUUGGACAAAAAGAACGAACCCCUCCAGUUCUUGAUGUGUCUGUUGAAUGCCGUGUACUCUGGCAAACUGCCUAAAAGGCAGAAGGGGAAGGAAAAGGGGGGUGCACCCUCAAUUGACAGUCCAAGCGCAGUCUGCACCUUUAUCGAACGAGCCCGGGAUUUUCUGCCAGCAAUCACGAAGGACGGGGACGGGUUAGAAAGGGACUUUGCGGGUUCGAGCUUUUUACGAUCAACCGCCUUGCAACUGUCGGUUGAGCUGAAGAAGCACUACAGGAAUGGUUCGACGGACCUUUGCGAAAAGUUUGCCCUCCUCAAGACGAAGAAGCUCCUGCCACUCGAAGCAAGGGAUUGCGUCGAUCCCGACAUCACUGCAUUUGAGAAUUUCGUCCUUUUGAACAGGGUAUGCGGCUGCCCCCGUUCAUUAGUGCCGAUGUCGUCUUUUGAAAACAAGUUUAUCACUGUCUCCGAGUUGGAACUUACAAGGAUCUUUUGGCGGGAUCCGAUGUUAAAGACAGUGCUUCAAUCCUACGCAUGGCCCGACUUUCCAAGUAUCGAAUACGCCGACCAAGUGUCUCAGACUGAUGUCGGAAUGUGGCUCUCUAGAGCAGUACCCGGUUGCCUUAUCACGAAGUUACUCACUGACAUUGGGGGAUACUCGGAGGUGGAACGGAAAAAGCUGCGGAACUACUCCCGGUCGACUCGCCUGAUGCCUCUUGAAGAUACAAGACGACACAUACAACAAAUCCGACACGCUGACUUCCAGCCCACAUCAUACACGGACAAGGGCUAUGUCCUCCAUGGAUCCAUUCGGACUGAUGGUUUCCGUCUCCAGCUCAUCGCCUUCAAAAUGAACGAGCUGCAUUCCGUCAAGUACCGACAGUUACCGGCGGAUCGACUCCCGAAUCGUCUCACUUCCACUGUUGCCGGCACGGACUACUUUCUGACGGAGAUUCGGAACGUGGUGUCUACCCCGCAGGACGUUGUCGACCUCUGGGGAUGUGAUCCGAAAAGAAUCAAGAUUCUCGGUAUCGACUUGGGACAGGCGUUUGUGGUGGGAGCAAGCGCUUUAUUACCCUCUCGCAACAAGCACCUUGACGCGGAAGGAGGUCCAGAGGGAGCCCAGAAGGAUCCAUUGGUCAAGCAACCUACGACAAAGUAUUUCAACCUCGCAGUCAAGCAGAAAGCGGUGUAUCAACCUACCCUCAAGCACCGGCGUUGGUUAGAGCAGAGAAAGGCACAGCCGCUCGAGGGGGGAGGAUCCAUCUGCCAGAUUGAGACCAGUCUGCCCGCUCGCUUUGGUCCUGAUGCGAGUAUUGCCGAGUACACAACAAGGAUGCAGGAGGUGGAGGCCCAGCUGGGUUCCUUUUAUGGUAGUGUUGUCUUGAAGAAGCAUCGGUGGAACGCCAGGAAGGCUCGCGACGAGGAGUACCGUCUGAUUGCCAAUCGUUUGCUCGAGAUGGUUGGAGGAUCAUUGGGAGCCAAGAGAAAGGAGAGCAACAAGAUCGUCAUUGGAGUUGGCCUGGGGCAGUUCUCUUCCAGGAUCAGGCUCUCGUCGCUGCACGAGUCUUUUGAGUCGUACUUUAUUCAAAAAGCACGAUCGCUUGGAUACAUUGUUGUCGGUGUAAACGAGUAUUACACUUCAAAGAAGUGCCCAACUUGUGGAGGGUUCGUUGGCCAAGUGGAUCUCCGGCGCCUGUACUGUUCAGAGUGCAAAAAGUACAUGCAUCGAGACGUGAUGGCCGGUCACAAUAUCUGUAAUGUCAUUCGUGGCCACCUCCUCAAGCAAGAGCGACCGCGCUACCUCCAGCCCAAGGACAUUGAUGGCAAUUAUCCCUGGGAAGAGAAACAGAGUUUCAGGCCCCACCCUGGGGGGUCUGGUGCUGGUGGGCACAAGGGCAAAGGGGUCAAACGAAAGGCGACUGACGAGGGAACGGAUUCCAGUCAAUUCAGGAGAGUAUCAGUGUAG